AUGGCACUCCAAGGCACUAACACACAAGUUCUUUUUGUAAAGCGUCCAAUCGGUCAAUUCAAUCCGACGGAAACUUUUAAAAUAGUGAAAACACCUGUACCAACUGUUGAAAGCUUGAAGGAAGGCGAGUUUAUAGUUAGGAAUUACUGGUUAUCUUUAGACCCCGCUAUGCGCGGAUGGAUGAGUGAUUCUAGGAGAAGUUAUAUACGUCCAGUAGAAAUAAAUGAAGUAAUGCGUGGUCAAACCGUUGGUGUGGUUGUCGCAUCAAAGAGUUCGAAAUUUAGAGCUGGUGAUAAAGUUCAAAUUAUGGGAGGUUGGCAGGAGUUUACAGUUUCUAAUGGAAAAGGCGCGUGGAAGCUUGAUGUUCCGCCAGGUGCACAUCUUCACGAUUUCUUGGGUAUUUUUGGUGGUACUGGCAUGACCGCGUACUUUGGAUUACUCGACAUUGGCAAACCCAAGGCCGGGGAAACAGUAGUCGUGUCGGGAGCAGCUGGCGCUACUGGAAGUCUCGUUGGUCAAAUAGCAAAAAUUAAAGGAACACGUGUUAUCGGGAUCGCAGGCUCAAAAGAAAAAUGUGAUUGGCUUGAGAAAGAACUCGGAUUCGAUGUAGCCCUAAACUAUCGCGACGCUGAUUUUUCAAAGAAAUUAGCAGCCGCUACACCGAAAUAUAUCGACGUGUAUUUCGAUAAUGUCGGUGGCGAUAUUCUAGAUUUGUGCCUGAAACGUAUCGCGCAAAAGGGAAGAAUUGUGGUCUGUGGUGCGAUUAGUCAAUAUAAUGAAAAAAACCCACAAGGGCCGAAAAAUUAUACCACGUUGAUUACACAACGUGCACGAAUGGAAGGAUUUAUUGUAUUUGACUAUGGGCCUAGAUACCCUGAAGCAGUGCGUGAUAUUGCCAAAUGGUUACAGGAAGGAAAGAUUAAGCGAAGGGAGUUUGUGACUGAGGGUUUGGAAAAUGCACCCGAAGGAUUGUUAAGAUUAUUUAAAGGCGAAAAUACUGGAAAGACCCUUGUUAAAUUGGUGAACGAGAAAAGUAAACUUUAG